AUGAAUACGAUCCGAUCAACUUGGGUCGGCUGGGGAGCUCUUUGCGUCGCUGGCGGCGGAGCCUACUACUUUGCCAAAAAGUCCAUCAAUGCGGACCGUGCGUCCAGAUAUGAAGCAGAAUUGAAGAAGAAGGCGCAGCUUGCCGCGAUGGAAGCAGAACACCGACGCCAAUCUUCUCUCAACGAGCCGAUCACCGCACCGUCAGAAAACCCCAGCUUGAAACGGGCGAACAUGGCUCGCUUCCAGAGUGCAGCGGAUGAUGUCGCUUCGCCUAGUGCAGAGGCAGGUCAUGAUCCUGCACCGACUCGUCACGAGCCGGAGACAGAAGCGGAGCGGGUACUCGAGAAGGGGAAAUAUGAGGCUACUCAGCCGUUUCGACCUCCGAGGGGCAACCGACUCAGCUAG